AUGAUCACCAUGCUGCCCUGGGACGUGGAGUCCAUGGAGGUCAUUGACCACAGCCAGGAUGGUGUUGCUGUUCCGUCUGCUGGAGAGUCAGUCUGUGAUUUUAUUUGCCCUCUCACCUGGCAGGUGUUCAGAGCUGCUACAGAGCGAAUUCUUCUCCUCGUCAUGAGGGCACAGCUCAUUUUCCUGCUCCUCUGCCCGGGAGUGUUGGGCUUCGGUUCAGCAGCCUGUACCGUUGGCUACAUCACAGCUGAGGCGAUCGCAAAUGAUACAUUUUAUUUAGGCUACAACUCCACCGAGUUUGAUUUGUGUCUGAACAACACUGUGCUGAUCAACAACCUGAGAUCCAUCACUUUUAAAGUGGUGGACCCCAGCCUCCAGAGGGUCAUUCUGAACAAAUUAAACCAGCUCUACCCAUCAGGCCUUCCAGACAGUGUGUUGCAAAACCUGGGCUCCACAGCUCAAGUGGCCAAUAUUACUGAGAUCAACAAGUGGAGCAUCACCACAACAGUUACUCUGUCCUUACUGUUGGGCCCUGGUAUAGGCUGGACCUCAGAGCAGAGUAAAGCAGUGAUUAUGAGGUAUCUGAGCGUGCCUGGUAAGAGUCUGGGACGCAGUGAGUUCAUUGCAAUCCUCUCCUACCUCUGUUCUUUGGAUGUCAGUGUCCUCCAAACCAUCUCUCCUAACAGCAUGGUAUUUGGAAGUGCAUAUACUGUGGACCUAUCCUCGUGCUCGGUUGAUCAGAAAUCAGUUCUGUACAGCAUCGCCAACUCCUCACUCAGGACUCUUUUCGGCAUUCCACCAAUAUACUACUUUUUUAUCCAACAUUAUCUGGGUGGAGCUCCUCUUCAAGAUAUAAAAGUUAUGUCUACUUGGAAUAUCAACAUGCAAAUCAACAUCUUCAUGAGUCUGAAUCCUGCUGUUGUCAUGAACCUGAGUGUGAGUACAGUGCGUGAUCUAUUAGGGGUGAAUGUUCCUGAUCUAAAGCGAUAUGAGAACUCUUCUAUGAUUCAGGCUUGGGUGGCUAAACAGAAACAGUCUGACUUAAACACCCUCAACAUUGGCCUGCUGGGGGGUAUAGCUGACAUCACUGAUUCUACACUCAUUCCUAGCACAACACCUGUCAACAUCACUACUCCUGAAAGUUCCAGUGCCACUGCAAGUACCAGCACCUUUACUUCCAACAAUAACUCUAAUGUAAGUGCCAGUGCCACCACCACUGCAGCAGUUUACACUAUGUCUACUACUGUAAACAUAACUAGCAUUACGACCACUAGCACUACAGUCACCACAAGUGACAACACCACAGUCACCAAGCUUGCCACUGUCACUACCAACAACGGCAGUUUCAACACAACUGCCAGCAGCAUUACCACCAUGGAAAACAGGACUGUCAAUACCAUCACAGGUGUUACAACCACUGCCAUCAUCAACACCACUGGCAGUUCCAGUACCACAAUCACCACUGCUAAUGUCAACACCACCAUUGUCAACAUCACAAAUGGCAAUGUAAACAACCCCAGCAACAAUAUUACCACUGCAAGCCACAACACCACUGUCAUACCCACUGCCAGUAUCAGCACCACCACCAUCUUUGCUAGUGUCAGCACUGCCACUACCAAUACAACACCUGGCCAUAUCGACAACACCACCAUCAGUGCCACCACUGCAAGCCACAACAUCACUGUCACUCCUACUACCAGUGUCAACACCACCAUUACCUAUGCUAGUGUCAGUACUGCCACUGUCAAUACCACAACUGGCCAUGUUGACAACACCAGUGUCAGUGCCAUCACUGCAAGCCACAACACCAGCGUCACUUCCACUGCCAGUUCCAGUACCACCAUCACCACUGCUAGUGUCAACACCACCACUAUUGGCAUCACAAAUAGCAAUGUAGACAACCCCAGCAACAAUGUUACCACUGCAAGCCACAACACCACUGUCAUACCCACUGCCAGUAUCAGCACCACCACCAUCUUUGCUAGUGUCAGCACUGCCACUACCAAUACAACACCUGGCCAUAUCGACAACACCACCAUCAGUGCCACCACUGCAAGCCACAACACCACUGUCAUACCCACUGCCGGUGUCAACACCACCAUCACCUUUGCUAUUGUUAGCACUGCCACUGUCAAUACCUCAACUGGCAAUGCUGACAACACCAGUGUCAGUGCCACCACUGCAAGCCACAACAUCACUGUCACUCCUACUACCAGUGUCAACACCACCAUUACCUAUGCUAGUGUCAGUACUGCCACUGUCAAUACCACAACUGGCCAUGUUGACAACACCAGUGUCAGUGCCACCACUGCAAGCCACAACACCAGCGUCACUUCCACUGCCAGUUCCAGUACCACCAUCGCCACUGCUAGUGUCAACACCACCACUAUUGGCAUCACAAAUAGCAAUGUAAACAACCCCAGCAACAAUGUUACCACUGCAAGCCACAACACCACUGUCAUAACCACUGCCGGUGUCAACACCACCAUCACCUUUGCUAUUGUUAGCACUGCCACUGUCAAUACCUCAACUGGCAAUGCUGACAACACCACCAUCAGUGCCACCACUGCAAGCCACAACAUCACUGUCACUCCUACUACCAGUGUCAACACCACCAUCACCUUUGCUAGUGUUAGCACUGCCACUGUCAAUACCACAACUGGCAAUGCUGACAACACCAGUGUCAGUGCCAUUACUGCAAGCCAGAACACCAGCGUCACUUCUACUGCCAGUGUCAACACCAGCACUAGUGACAAGACCAGUCUCAGCACCACAAAUGGGGCUCUCAACACUACACUACCAGGCAAAAAUAUGUCUGCUCCCACUGAUGCACCUACCAGGGCCAAUAUCACAACUGGAAUUACCACCAUCAGCACUAACGGUGCCACAGCAGCCACCAGUGCCACUUCCAGCCCUAGUUUCAGCACUGGUGCUAGUACUAUCAUCACCACCACUACUACCACUAUCAUAGCACCACAGAUCAUUUGUCAAGGUGUAAAUAGUUAUACACUUGAGAAUCAGCUCUCGUCUGGAAGUGUAUCUGCUGUUCUCUGCAACUUCAACAUCUCUGAAUAUGCCUGUUCAUCCUCUCCUAAGGUUGCUGCUUUGUCCUCUGAUGAUCUCGUCACACUACUGACAUGCAAACUGCCAAGCAGUGUGGUCUACUCUAAAGAAAUUUGGGUGCUUUUCCUCCAGAAGUUUGCAGCACCUCUCCCGGCAGCUCUGGAUAAGUACUCCAGCUUGACCCCCAGCAUCUCUCUGCCUGACCCAUCUUUCCUUAAUGCCAUUGGAGAUGUGAUAGUCAAGAACUUCAGUUCUGCACAGCUUAGGGAUGCCGUUUUCAUCACCCAGUGGUUCCAGAAUAGACUCAGACCAUUUUUAUCUUCAGUGUCUGCAGACUUUCUCUCCAUUCUCAGUUCCAAGGACUUCAGCUGUGAGACCUACCAAGUUGUGGUAAACGCAUUUAGUUCACAAGAACCAAUCAUGAAAGAUCAGCAAAAAUUGUCCGUCAUCAGUAAUUUCAUCAAACCCUUCCUCAAAGGUCAGUCCUGUGUGCUGCCAGGGAGCAACGAUACAGACUGGCUGGUGAAGAAUUUUGGCCAAUUCAGGAGUUCUGCUUCAUUUUCUGAUUUCAUCAGCCUGAAGAGUGACUUCAAUGGAGUAAAUGCAGCAGAGGUUCUAACUUCACCCCAGUUGGCAGAACUUUGCUCCGACCCCACUCGACUUCAUGGUCCUCAGGAUGUAAACACUGUGAUGGCGGCUGUCAGCCUGAACCAAUUCACCUCCUUCUUUGACAACCUCACAUCUAGCAUUCAGCGGAAUGGGUCACUGUACUCCAGUGAGGUGAAGGGAGCUUUCCUUCAGGCCGUUCUGGUGAGAGGUGGACUGUCCUCUGCAGCACUGCCUGAUUCAGAAGUGCUGCAGUGGGUGAAUGUUCGGCUCAGGCCGCUCCUCUCCAGCCUCUCCUCUGCCGAUGUAACACCAUACUUCAACAUCAUCAGAGGCAGAAACUGCAACACCAGACAGACAGCAGUGAGCAGUUUGGACUCUCUGAGAUCAUCUUUCAACAGCGACACACAGACCCAGAUCUUCAGCAACAUCCUGCAGCUCCUCACUGGGCCGAAUGGUCUGGGUUGCUACAACGGUGGAAGCUUCUAUGUCUUCCUCAAGAACUCCUACCUCAGUUUUGGAUUUCCUGACCUGAGUGCCUUUUUGUCCCUCAUCCCAGCCAACCGACAGCAAGAGCUGUUGGGCUCCAUCUCUCCAGGAGAACUGUAUGAGUUUCUGAAUGGGCCGAACACAGUCAGGAACGGGUCAGAUCUCUGCACACUCCUCAACAACUACAACAGCACCAACCAGUACCUGGAGACGCAGCCAGCUGGAUCUGCAGCUGUGGGCAGACAGACGUUGGGGUGCGUUUGGUCUCGUGCUCUCAGCGCCUCGUCUCAGGAUGAGGUGGAUCAGUGGUUUAAUGUAAGACUGGCUCAGUACCUGCCCUUCCUCAGCUCUCAGCUCAUCAGCCCCACCCAGCUCAGCAGCGCCUCCUGCCUGUCAUACAGGAAACUGGUUUCAAUCCUGGGGAACAACUAUAAUUACUCAGCCACGGAUUUCACCAAAGCUGUUGUGUACAGCGCUAUAAAGGCUUAUCUGACCAGCAGAAGUGGGACUCCCCGCUGCUAUAACUCCUCUGAUCCCCUUCUGAACUCCACUGCCUGGUUUGCCAACAACAUUGGAUUCUUUAUCACUUUCAUCUCCCUCACUGACCUCCAGUCCUUCGUAUCAGACAGCCAGAUCGGUGUGUUCCUGGAAAACUCAGAGAAUAUUUGGCUGUUUAACAACUCAGGAAUUUCAUCCAAUGUCACCACAUACUACAGCACACAACUAUACAUCCAGAAUUCAAACUUCAAUCCCUUCAGAUUGCCAGAUGUCCUCCUGUGUGGAGCUCCUGGCUCUGUGUUUGUGUCUCUUGGAGCUACAGACAGUCAGAAAAUCCUGGACAGCAUCAAGAAAUCCUGCCAGCAAAUUAGUCCAGAGGUUACUGCGGCUCUCGUGGCAAAUUUCCCCCCUUUGUCCACAAAUAUCGUCCAGUCGCUCAGCAACCAGAGCGUCAGUCUGACUGAGGGCCAGAUAAGAGACGCUACCCCCAGUGUCAUUAACAGUACCCUGCCUGUACUCAGCGUCAUCACAGGCUGGAACCAGGGUCAGGUCAACAACAUCAUCCAGAGCAUCACUAACGCUGGCUUCACUAUCAACACUGGCACCUCCCUGGUGACUCUGGGCACGCUCGUCGGAGGUGUCCCCUCAGCAACCAUCUCUAAAAUCUCAUCCCCUGAACUUCUGACCGUGUCCCAGAAUCCAACGUUCGUCACCAACAUUCUGACAGCCCCAGUGAUCCUUCAAGAAACAUACGUAAAGAAGAUUGUCUCUGUAGACCAGACUAAAGUGGUGGAGAAUGUCCCAGAUGCGUUGGCAGGGUACAUCCCACCUGUGCUACUGUCGUCUCCCACCUCUGUUAAUGUCACACUCAUAAACAAGAAGAGCUGGAGACAAGAACAGGCUGUGGUGUUGUUCAGCUCAGUGGCCAGCGCCAGUGACAAUACAGAAGAGCUGUCAGAGUCGAUAUUACAGGGAUUCACCUGCAGUUCAGUUCAGAAUCUACCACGGUCAAAAGUCACACAGCUGAUAAAAGCCUGCAGACCACGUGUCGGCAGGAACAAGGUCGUCCUGAAAGAGUCCCAGCUGACCUGCAUGUACAACUACGUGAAAGAUGAUUCAACUCUGACCUUCACUGACUUUCCUGCUGACAUGCUUCUCUACUACAGCCUUGGCAAGCUGACAAAGGUGAACUGCGGGUCGUAUUUCAGAGCUCUGGGUGGAGCAGAUUUCUCGGUUCUCUCCAGCGUCCUCAACAGACAGUCUGCCUUGUUCACGAAUGCAAAGGACUGCCUGGGUAUAUCUGGUGUGAGUCUGAACAGGACUCAGGUGGAGGUUCUGGGUAAUAUGGUCUGCACACUGGACUCCACCUACAUUCAGACCUCUGAUCCACUCAUCCUGGAGAAACUGAAGGACUGUGGAGAGCUUUCUGACUCUCAGGUCACCGCCACACAGACGCUGCUGUUCUCUGGCAACACAGCUUAUGGUAAUCCUUCAUCAUGGAAUCAGCAGACUCUGGACCAGCUGGGUAUCCUGCCCCUCUACCUCAAUCAAGGCUUCUGGGGCAAGUUUAGCUCUAUGACAGUGAAGACCUUCAUGAAAUCAUUCUUUCCAUUUCUGAAGAAGCAGAAAAUCCAGAAUGGGAAACUCAGAAGAUUGUUUACAGCAGCUAACAGUUUUACAGCAAAAAGCACCAGAACACUCACAAAAGCAGCAUGCACAACAGGCAACAUCACUGAGGCAACAAUUGCAGACCCUUCAUUCCCUCUCGGCUAUGACUCCACCCAGUUUGAUGCAUGCUUGGACAUUACAUUCCUGAAAGACAACAUGGCAAUCAUCACUGAGAAAGUGGUAGACACCAGCUUCCAGACAGUCAUUCUUAACAAGUUAAACCAGUUGUUCCCAUCAGGCCUUCCAGAUGGUGUGGUGCAGAUUCUGAAGACCGUGUCUCUUGUGGCCUCUGUUAGUGACAUCAACAAGUGGAACAUCACCACAAUUGACACACUGUCCUCUCUGAUGCAUAAUGGAGACUGGGCCUCAGAUCAGAGUAAAGCAGUGAUUAUGAAGUAUCUGAGCGUGGCUGGUAACACUCUGGGGACUGCUGAGAUAAACACAAUCGGCUCCAACCUCUGUUCCUUGGAUCCCAGUGUCCUUAAAACCAUCACUGCUGAAAGCCUGAAGUCAGCGAACGCUGUGAAUGCAUCCUCAUGUUCCAUCGAUCAGAAAUCAGCUCUGUACAGCAUCGCCAAGUCCUCGUUCAGCACUCAACGCAGCGACCCCACAGUUUACUACCAGCUCAUCAGCUCUUACCUGGGUGGAGCUCCUCUGGAGGAUAUAAUUGCUCUUUCUACUCUCAACAUCAGCGUGGAUAUCACCACCUUCUUAAAUCUGAACCCUGAUGUGAUCAAGGCCCUGAAUGUGAGCACAGUGAUCAGCCUGAUGGGACAAAACAAGGCUGACCUGAAGCUGUUUGAGAACACCACAACGGUCAGGAUGUGGGCGGCUCAGCAGUACAAUUCUGAUUUGGCGGUACUCGGACUUUCAGGAGGCAAAGCGGACCCCGUCAGCUCUACGGCUGCACCGGCCACUACAGUCACAACACUACUAACUAACACCACCAUCACACAGACCAACCAGACCGUCAACGCCACGACGGGUUCCGGUGUUGUACAUCGUGGUUCAGGACUGUGGCUCGUCUCUCUGUGUGCAGGACUUCUGACCAUCACACUGCACACACUAUGAUAACCAUCUACCCAUCUAACCCUCUUACACAGAUCACUUCUAAUGCACUGCAAUUCUCUCCAAGUCUAUUUUAACUUUAUAUAUAGAGUUUCAUGAUGGAAAAACUUCCCAAUAUCCCUUAACUUGUUUAUAAUAAAUCACUCCAGUAAUAUUUGUGUUUUCUGUAGAUGUUUCUUAAUGUUUGAGUGCACUAGAUUACUUUCAUUUUGAUUUAAACUGGGAUGGGACAAAAAUCAAUUUUGAAAUUCUUGAUUUAA